ACGGCGCUUCCCAUCAGUGGUGGCAGUGACACUGUGCGUUGCGAGCAUUAUGUCUUUCCUUAAGGUUGUUGUCGUCUUCUUCCUUAUGGCAGCUGCUUCUGGCCGCCCAGAUUCCUCCCCCAGCUACGGCUACACUCCUCCUCUCCCACCAGCGAAACCCGAAUACUCCUUCGACUGGGCCGUGAAGGACGACUAUGCCGCUCUUGACUUCGGCCAGCACGAGACCCGCGACGGCUACAACACCGAGGGCAGCUACUACGUGCUGCUGCCCGACAGCCGCGUGCAGAAGGUCACCUACACUGUCCACGGGGACGACGGCUACGUGGCCACCGUGGAGUACGAGGGCGAGGCUAAGCACGACGCCUAUGGCAAGGCCCCAGCACCGGUCUACACUCAGCCCCCUGCCUACGAACCCCCACCCACACCAGCCUACGGUUACGCCUAACCUGUGUCACGAAUUCCUUAAACAACGUCACCCUAUUACUAAUUUAUAUCGUUGACUUUAUUGCUCAUAUGACUUAUUCUUUUGGUGCGUUUAAAAUUAAUUUUCUUUCUUGAAUAAAAUGUUACUUUUUU